AUGUAUGAGACACCAGAGAGGAGGGAGACUCUGAGCUGAGCAGCUGCAGUGUUGUGUGAGGAUUUUUAAGGAUUUCCAUCACAUCACAGGGCACCGUUACAUCUUUGGGUCGUGGGAUAAUAAAUUCCACUGCAUCAGGAGUCAGCUGACGGAGGAGGGAAAAAACCAGAGGAAACAGUGUAAGAGAGAUGAGGAGGGUGCACGAGGCUUUUGAAGCAGCAGGAAGGGGGCUGGGCCUCUCUGACAAUGCUUCUCUCCAGUAAGGACUUUCGCAAUGCUAACUUUGACCCGUGGACUUUAUGCUCAGGCUGUAGCAUUUAGGCAGCGUUCAGCACGGGCUGCUCUCAGGAGGACACAAGCCGCAUGGUGAGUGUGUUCUGAGCCGGUCAUCAGCAGCACAGGAGCUGACAUGCAGAGUGUACCAGAGGAGUGGAGGGAAGGACGGGAUGAGAGGACACAGGAGACCUUAGUCCAGAGGAAAGGGGGCUCAGACAUGAAGAAUGGAGGAGGUGUAGAGGAGGAGAAGGAGUCGCUGAUGAUGGAGCUGACGAGGCUGGUGCAGAAGAUGGUGAAGGAGAGCAGCUGGUGGGAGAGAAGAGGGAUCGACUGCAGCAUCCUGGCAGCUGCAUUCCUCUGUCUGCCGCCCGCCUUCCUGCUGCUGGGCUCCUCUCAGCUUCUGUGGUUUGCAGCUGGCAUGCUGCUGAUGGGCGUGGCGCACGCUGUCAUCACCAUCAAAGGGACACAUCUGGCCAGCCACGGGUCGCUGAGCGAGUCGCAGGCCUGGGGGAAGUUCUGGGCCGUUUUCUUCAUCGAGAUCUGCGGCUCAUUCUCAGCGCGAGCCGGCGUUCACGGCCACAUUAAGAUGCAUCAUGCUCAUACUAAUGUCAUUGGACUGGGGGACUCCAGCGUUUGGAAGGUCCCCUUCCUGCCUCGCACUGUCUACCUGUUCAUAGCUCCCCUGGCCGUGCCCAUCAUCACUCCACUCGUUGCACUCGCUCAUCUCAGAGGACACUCUCUGGCUCUGGUGCUCAGGACCAUGCUGAUGGUAACACUGGGGCUGUAUUCACAGUACUGGCUGCUGAUCCAUGUCUCCGGCUUCCAGUCGCCUCUCAGUGCUUUGCUCUGUAUGCUUGUGUGCAGAGCGAUGUUCUCCAUGCCGUACAUCCAUGUCAACAUUUUCCAGCACAUCGGCCUCCACAUGUUCUCUCCGACCCACCGUCCAAAGAGGAUCUACCAGAUGACCCACGGAGUCCUGAACCUGCCACGUAACCCCGUGCUGGACUGGGUGUUCGGACACUCGCUUAUCAACUGCCACGUGGAGCACCAUCUCUUCCCCUACCUGUCUGAUAACAUGUGUCUGAAGGUGAAGCCUGUCGUGUCCAAAUACCUGACGGAGAAGAAGCUCCCGUACCAGGAGGACAGCUACCUCUCUCGUCUGCACUUUUUCUUCCACAAAUACCAGGAGCUGAUGGUGUUCGCCCCGCCCAUCACAGAGCUGGUGGGUGUGCAGUGAUGAAGGAGACAAACUGUUGAGACUAAUGACUGCUGCUCCAAAGCACAAGCUUCAGUUUUUAAAGUGACACGUUAGAAACCUCCACAGUCCAGGUUUGACCUGCCUCUGACACACAGAGUUUAAUCAGUAACACAGUAUGAUCCAUGUAGUUUGAUUAAAUUAUUCCUUGUGAUUGAUUUUUAGGAAAUAUUGUAAGAGCUGAGUGAAUAUUCUGCACUGUUAGAGGUAAUUAGCACAAAGAUAAGAGCUCACCUGAUUUAAUGUGUGCUGCUGUUUCUCCACUGACCUGAGGUCUGGUUUAUGAGACAUGAUUCCCACUGGGGACUUCAUUCACUGCAGCAGUAAAAAAAUAAUGAUCCAUUCUAGGGCUGGGCGAUAUGGACUGAAAUUCAUAUCUCUGUAUUUUCAGGCUGAACGACGAUACACGAUAUAUAUCUCAGUGUUUUCUUCAUGUUCAGCUGCAGGUCAAAGACACAUUUAAGACGUCAGGAGCACUUUUAUAAAAACAGACUGUGAUCAGAAUAAAAAGCAAAGACAGGGAUUUUCUCCCUGUUUGAAAAUAAACAGCAGGGCUGCACGUUACCUUUGUGCACACAGCACUGCAGCUGCAGAGGUUUAAAGGUUUGCAGCACACGACACUGAACUAUAACAUGACUGUAAAAGUGUCAGGUAGGUUUGAAACGAUUAAAAAUCUUCGUGGGCGGAGUUAAACAGUUGUUUUCCAUCUGUCGGCCUUUCAAAUGAAUCUAGCGCUGAAAAUGAUUUAAAUAUUUUAAUCUUAUUUCUGCACAGAGCAUCAACAGAGAGGCCGAGGGAGACAGACACACUUUGUCCUCCGUAUAUACGUCUUGUGUGUGAAACAUCUGUCUCAGUGUCACAGAUCAGACUAUAACGACCAAGAUGAACGGCGACACGCUAUGAUCCACCUCACACACAAACUAGCAAACACUCACCUGACACAAUCAGGCAGCUCUGUCUCCCAUACAUGCAGCGCAGCGCUGUACUGCACGUGUGCUGCAGCGGUCAUUUACUUCAUCUCACAGACUGAUGUAGCGCAGCACAUGCAGCGUACAGACCGACGUCACACUGUAGACUAAUGAACAGACGGAUUAAACAGAGGAGCAGUGUUGAUGGAGAAACUGUGCAGAGUGUGUGAGAGAGGAGAGAUGAACAUUGGAAUGACAUUAUGUAACGCAGCUUGACCCUGUAUUGAAGUAAGCCAUGUCUAAAUUUAUAUCUUGCUUGAAAAUAUAUCGAUAUAUCACACGUAGUCGUCAUAUCGCCCAGUCCUGAUUCAUUCAUGUUAAAGUUACAGCACAACAGUAGUAUACUCAACACAGCAACAGAAACACAACACAGGAACUAAAGUUACAGCAUCUUAUAAACUAUAAAACACUUGUCUUGCACAGUAAGAAUCAUUUUACAUGUUUCUUGUCAUCAUUAUGUAGCAGUAAUAUUUCACCUGUAAAGGAAGUUCAUUUAUGAGCAGGUUGUUUUUCACAUUUGUUUCUCUGUGCUUCUAGUUUUUAGGUUAAGCUCAAGGCCAAAACACACAGGCGGGGUCAUUGACGCGAGUCAAGUGCCGCCCCCAACACACACAGGAAGCGUCGCACUGCGGGGCGUCAACCAGAUUUCUAUUGCACACUCCAGUCCGGGAAGCUGGGAAGUACAAAAUAGCGCUUUUUCAAGGGCGGCAACGCUGGAAAAAUAGGACAAUAGCGUAAAGUGACACGGCGCAGCAAGUUGACACGCGUCGAGCCGCCGCCGGUGUGUUUUGGCCUUCAGCCAAUCACCUGCAGGCUCCGAACACACACACACACACACACACACACACACACACACACACACACACAGAAACCACUGUCCACCAGAUACUGUAGUUUUUACUCCACUACAUUCACUUGAUAACUUCAUUUACUUUACAAAUUAGAAGAAUCUAAUAAUAGUUUCAGUUUCAGUUCAUUUUUCAUGCAAAAACAUUGAACUGUUUGAGCUUUUUAAAAUGAGAAUGUGCUGCUUUUUCUUUAAAAAAAGUAAAUCAAUUUAAUAAAUCAAAAUAAUUCAAAUUUAAUUUGAUUUAUUGAAUUGAUUGAAUUGAACUGAGUUUUUUUUUUAACGUUUAAUACUUAUAUGUUUUCAUGAUUGUACUUACAUACUUUUACUUAAGCAACAGUUUCAAUGCAGGACUUUUACCAGUAACAGAGUAUUUUUACAGUGUGCUUUUAUUUAAGUAAAGGAUCUGAACACUGCCUGGAGAGGAGUUUUAGCACUCGUGGUUCCCUCGUCUCAGAGUCAGUAUCAAAUAAAGUCUGUGGUUAACACAAGCUGAAGAUGCGUUCAUGUUCUGUUCUGCCACAUAGUGAAUAUCCCACUGCUGAACGUUGAAGAUUUUUACAUGUCUUAAAAAAGGUGAGAUAAAUGAGAUCACAGAAUGUCGUCAUGUUUAACACAGAUUAAGAGUCUUGCUGUGGUGGCGACGUUAAAUCCUGCGACCAUAGUAUCGUUCUUAUGGCCUAACGUUAGCUUAUUAUUUCUGUUUCUGAACAAAACACAAACGUUUGUUAACCACAGAGCUCAUGUUCCGGAAUAAUCCAAUGGAAAAAUCUCAUAGGGUUUUUGACGAGGGAACCAGGGCGACGCUAACUUCCAUGUCAGCCGACAGAAAAACGUCAUCUCUCUGCAGCGCUGUAUUUACAGCAUCACACAUUUUUGUGCUGUUGUUGGGUUUUUGAUUUUCCUGUAAAAUCACAUUUAAUUUAAGUUUAUUUAACGGUGCGUCAGUUUCACUUUUUUUUUUUCAUUAAGAUUAUUUUUUGGGCUUUUUGCCUUUAAUGACAGGAUAGAGUGAAAUGGGGAGACAGAGAGAGAGUGGGGACUGCCAUGCAGCAAAGGGCCGCGAGCCAGAUUCGAACCCGUGGCCGCUGCGGCGAGGCAAUGCCUCUGUACAUGGGGCGCCGGCACUAUCCACUACGCUACCGACGACCCGUUCUUCUUCUUCUUGAGCCCCGUUUCCACCGAGCAGUACGGUACGGACAGACUAGAGUCUAUUCUGGUGACGUGUCUCCAAGUCUUGGGCACGUGUGACACCGUGUCCGGUAACACUUUACUUGAAGGUAUCUACAUAAGAGUGACAUGACACUGUCAUAACUAUGACAUGACACUGUCAUGAACCUGUCAUGAACAUGAUGUACAUGUCAUAAACGUUUCUGACUGCUGUCAUUAAGUGUCAUUAGCUUUUUGUAAUGACAAGUUGACAUUGUUUGGGUUGUCUUGAUUAUGACAACUUGACAUUGAUUAAAGUGACAUUACCAGAUGUUGUCUUUGUCAUGACAAGUUGACAUUAAAUUUGUUUGGGAUGUCCUUAUUAUGACAACUUGACAUUAACCAGAAGAUGUCUUUGUCAUAACAAUAGUAAUCAUUAUGUCACCUUGUCAUAAACACAAAAAGAGGUGCAUUUCUUGUUAAUGUCAACUUGUUAUGACAAAGACAACUUCUGGUAAUGUCAUCCUGGUUAAUGUCAAGUUGUCAUAGUUUGGGUUGUCAUGAUUAUGACAAGUUGACAUUAAUUAAAGUGACAUUACCAGAAGUUGUCUUUGUCAUAACAAGUUGACAUUGUUAUUCUGCUGUUGCUGUUAUUCAGCAGUCUGAUGGCCUGUGGGUAGAAGCUGUGUGUCAGUCUUGUCCUGGAUUUCACGCUCCUGUAGCGUCUGCCUGAUGGCAGAAGUGUAAAGAGACUGUGCUUAAUGAUGUUGUGGGAAUAAUAAUAGAAACACGUGUGACACUGUGUCCUCGCUGAACUUUAUUCUUUACUUUGAUAUAUGUCAGACAAAAGUUUAGCUCAAGAUGGCGUGCCGUUUCCCAGGUAGUUAGGACGAUGCAAUAGAAAACAAUGCAAUCAAACUGAUUUAGUUUCUGAUGCUCACUCACAUGUCAUCCAGUUAGGACAUGGUGUGUAAGAGUAUUUGCACACAGCACAACACCUGCUGUUUCACAGUGUUUAGGGGCCAUUUCUGGUGCUAAUAGGUUACUUAUGAUCAAGUGGGAUUCAUCACUCAGCACAGCUGCAGAUGAGCAGACUGGGAUGGUUUUGAAAAUUAAGAGAAAUUUAAGAGAAAGUUUCUGCAUGAGGCCCGAUGAUCUUCUCAUCAACUCUGCUGCCUUUAAUCAGAUGUAAAGAGGAGUGUUCCUCAGUCGUGUUACUGUAACAAAACAGUCUCUUAAGUUUUAAUGGAAUAAAAUGUGUGUGUUUUAAAUACUGAACAAACAAAACCUCUCAAGUUAACUUCCUGUGUUAGUUAACCCUCUGUGUUUAAUGCUGCUGCUGUAAAUGUUCAGCUCCUUGACUUCACUGUAGCUGCAGCACAUCAGCACAAAGAGGCGUCUCAGCGUGUUCGUUUUUCUGUUAAUAAAUUUCAUAAUUUCAGAAAUGUUUUUUUGCCUUUAUUGACACAAACGUCUGAGCUGCCUGUAUGAGAUUCUUCUUUUAGUGACAUUCCUCAUUAAAUAAUUGAACAUUUAUUCACGUAAAUGAAACUCUCCAUGGUUUAAUCAAAACAUAUCGAGAGCUAUAUUUAAAACUGUGGAUUUACCGACACAUAACAAUAAAGCUUUUCAUUAAAUUUUGUUUGUGGUGUAAAAAUACUUCAAGCAGUGUUAAUAGAUUUUUUUGUCCACUGGGUGGCAGCAGAACACACUUUAAACACUGAGUCAAGUACGGUGUCAGUGAAAUGGCAUGUGUUUGUGUUUAUAGGCGACAGAUCACAGUGUUAAAGUGAACCAACAACCUUCAUCUGCACACACUGUGAUGACACACAGCUGGUUGAAUGUGAGCAAAGUCUCCCUGCUUCCCUUCACUGGUUCCUGUACAGCAGGGUCGCUCUUUGUUUCACUGUUAGAAUCAUUACAAAGCAAAAGCAGCAUGUGUAUACAUUCAGUAGGCUAUAUCUUCAGUAGCUAGCUAACGUUAGCUAACCCUACACUUUUCAGGGUUUGAUUUUGG